UUCCCGCCACAGAGGAGAGGAGGAGAGUCCGUACACCACCGCUGGAACAAUGCAUCUGUGCGUGCCGUCAGCUCGGCCGCCUCCUCCACUUAUCAGCUGCCACGCGUCCCCAGCCGCCGUCCGCACCGCCACUUCCUCCCGUUCGCUUACUUCACCUCCUCUUCCUUCUGUCUCCCUAAACCCUAACUCAACCCCACCAUCCCCGCUAACCUGCGCCCUUCACUGCCCCCACUUCCAAUCGUGCUCCGGGUGCACUCACGAGUUCGAUCUUCACCGGCCGGCCAUUCUCGACGAAGCUUCCGAGUUCUUCCAGAACCUCGGCGUCUCCGACUUCACCUUCGAUAGCUGUAAACUGUGGGGAUGGAGAUGCCGAGCAAAAUUAGCGGUUCGUGGUUCGUCGGAGAAUCCUCUGAUAGGAUUGUACCAGGAGGGCACCCAUAACGCCGUAGAUAUACCUAAUUGCAAAGCUCACCAUCCGAACAUUAAUGCCGCCGUGGAGCUGCUGAAACAAGGUUUUAAAGAACUAAGCAUUGAGCCUUAUGAUGAAGACGAGGGAACAGGUGACUUGCGUUAUGUGCAGAUGGCUGUGACGACAUAUGAUACCUCUAUUCCUGCCUCCAAGAGAUAUAUGAAUGGCAAAGUGCAGGUAUCUCUAGUUUGGAACUCAAGGAAUGAGAAUUCUCCGAAUUCAGAUAAAUUACUAGCCUUAGCCAAUUUUUUAUGGAAAAAAGGUGGACGGAGGAACAAUGUCCAUUUGAUUCAUUCCAUAUGGGCCAACUUUCAGACAUCAACUAACAAUAUAAUUUUCGGUAAUAGAUGGAGACAUCUUUUAGGAGAAAGAGACUUUUGGGAGCACGUUGGAGGAAUUGAUAUUUCCUUGGCUCCAUCCAGUUUUGGCCAGGCAAACACACGGGCUUUCGAUGCCCUGCUCCAGAAGUUGCAAAAGUAUGUCCCAUAUGGAUCAUCUGUAACUGAUUUGUAUGCAGGAGCUGGUGUUAUUGGAUUGUCCUUGGCUGCCACAAGAAAAUGCAGGUCUGUUAGAUGCGUGGAGAUCAAUAAAGAGUCAAAGCUAUCUUUUGUGAAGACGGUUGACCGCCUACCGAGUUCUAUAGAUAGCAGCAUCAGCUGGCAUCAUGCAGACACUUCGAAGGAACCUCUAUCUUGGGUAAGGGGCUCAGACGUAGUUGUUGUUGAUCCUCCUAGAAAGGGACUAGAUCCAUCUCUUCUAGAGGCAUUGUGUAAUAUAUCGUCUAUAAAGCAUAAAGCUGAGUCAUCCUUUGAAAGUCCAUCCUCAAAAGUCAAAGAUGAAAAGAGACCAUGGAUUUUACGUGCAAGGGAAGCUUCAGUUCAGAUAGGGAACAAAACAACUUCUGAGGACAGUGAAUCACUGCCACAAACCCUCAUUUACAUAAGCUGCGGAUGGGAAACCUUCAAAGAGGAUUGCAGGUCGUUGUUGUCUAACAAGGUGUGGUGUUUGGAAAAGGCCCACGGUUAUAAUUUUUUCCCAGGAACGCAGAGCAUUGAGGUGUUGGCUGUGUUCAAGAGGGGCGGAAAAGUAAGCAUAAAUAAAAAGAAAAUAGGAAAGAAGAAGAAGAAGCGUCUGUGAAGAAUGACAAGCGAGAU